AUGAUGGAGUUUGUCUUGAAGAAAUCAGUGCUUUCGCCAGAACCUCAAGAUACUUCCCCUAUUAUCGAGAUGGUGUUCUUCCCCAACCCCUUCUCUGACGCCUCCAAAAUCCCAGCCUCCAUCCUAUAUUGGGUUGUCGGCGUGAGGUUCGUGGCCAACCAAGAAACCGAUGAGGUCUCCACAAAGAUGAGCCUCGUUGCAUCUACAGGAGAACGCACAGGAGGUAUCUGA